CUACUGGGCAGACUUUGUGGCAGGAUGAUUGCCCUCAUGUGCCUUUUUUUUUGUUGCAAUACCGCUUAAAGCUUUCAAAAACCCUCGGUAAUGUCUGAAAUACAAUUUCCUUAGGGAUAUCGAACCCGAAAUGCAAAUGCGAUUGAGCUCUUGAUUCCGGCGAACAUGUUUGUAUGUAGGUUCAUAGCUCGGCAUGCACCGGCAUUCUGUGGAAAGCCGGGGUUGACCCACAGGGUUGGCCAGUGCGCUGCGGGAUGUGGAUUCGAUGGACAGCACCAGCCACAUCCACAUCCAGUCUUGGGUGGCUCCAACCUUCGCCAAGCUGCAAGGCUGCGGGAAGGCUGAGAAUUCAUGCCAUCGCGCCGCUCUCUCUACCAAACGCGUUUUUGAGAAGAGCAAGUCAGUUGCGACCAACCACGACACAACAAACACAACCAGGUCAUGGUACAGCAAUAGUAUCCGACACCCUGAAACAGCCGGCAUCAUGACAGUUUGCAAAUACUUUCAGCAGGGAAACUGCCGCUUUGGAAAUAACUGCAGGUUUGAGCAUCCAAGAGACGGGGGUUCGUCUCAAUCACCGUUUGGCGGCGGUGGGAACAGAUUCAGCGCCCUUUCUGGAGGACAGCAGGGCGCAUUUGGAGGGUCUAAACAGUCAGAUCAACCCGAGUACGCCGGCCUGAACGAGGAAACGAUUCGAAAAGAUCUUCAGAACGAACUACCACAAUGGAUAUUCUCCUGCUACGGCCCAGGAAAAGAUGCGCCAGACAACCUAUUCGGCGGCUACCCCCGUGAGCAGCAACCAGAGGAGCUCAGGAUACAUUUCAUGAAAGGUCAGGCAGCGGGGGAGGCAGAAGCAGCCAUGAACGAGAUUAUGCAACUGCAUCACGUAGCACGACAACAAAUCGAACACACGCUGAGCAACGUACCCGCCGCUAUCCAGCACGUUCGUGACGGGAUCAACAGACAUCCAAAUCGUCACGACAUAUGCAAACAAGGAACAGCAGGCAACACUGGAACAACGUUCGGACAGCCAGCGCCAAAUGCUUUCCAGAGCUCACAGCCUGCCUCGAAUCCCUUCGGUACUACCGCUCAACCCGCUGCUGGAGGUUUUGGUCAGCCAGCUGCGUUGGGUCAGAAGCCCAACCCAUUCGGUGCGCCAGCCUUUGGACAGCCAGCCCAACCAGCCGCUACCCCAUCACCCUUUGGGCAACCAGCUGCACCGUCGGCCUUUGGACAGCCAGCCGCCCUGGGAGCAAGCAAUCCUUUUGGGAAGCCAGCAUCAAGCGCUUUUGGCCAGCCCAGCGCCCUAGGGGGUGGCAACAAGGUCUUUGGCCAAGCCGCAGCACCGGCAUUUGGCCAGUCAGGAUUUGGGCAGACAACACAGGCACCAAGCGCUUUUGGUCAACCAGCUGCCUUGGGCGUCACACCAAGCCCAUUUGCUGCUGCCACUGCGAACACCGCCCAACAGAAUCCCAGUCCAUUUGGGCAGCCAGCGCAAAACCCAUCACCUUUUGGGGCACCGGCACCCCCUGCUGCCAAUGGCUUUGGCCAGCCCGCCGCAACCCCAAGUCCAUUCGGAGCUCCAGCAGCGGCUCCAGCAUCGAACCCCUUCGGGGCAGCUUCUCAGCCAGCACAAAACACACCAUCUCCGUUCGGGCAACCAGCAGCUCCUGCCGCCAACCCUUUCGGACAGCCAGCUCCAGCGGCGGCUGCUCCCUCACCAUUUGGAGCACCCGCCGCUCCAACGGCUACUCCCUCGCCACUCGGAGCUCCUGCCGCCACGACUGCUGCCCCGAGUGCGUUUGGCCAGCCCGCUACUGCACCAGCACCCAGCCCCUUUGGCGGAACUACCGCUACGGCCCCUCAGCCUACUCCGCAGCAAGGGGUGGGACCAUAUGGCCCUGGCGCCACUCGCAGCCAUCCCCCUUUGUCGUCAUAUGCCUCAAAAAACCCCGACAACACCCUUGGGAUGUUCAAAGGCAGACCCGUCCUGUAUGAAGUGGUCAAAAGCCAGGGGGAGAAGCCUAUUCCGGUUAUCAGGGGGUUUGACGGGUCGAUUCAGAAGAUUUGGAAUCCGAAUGGUGCGCCGAAUUACACGGCUGAGACGGAGGCCGAGCCUGAAAAGUACAAUGAUCCAACGGUGCAACGUCAAUGGAUGAUGUUUGUAGAGACAGGAAGGUUUGAGAAUGGGAUCAUGCCGGAGGUACCGCCAAAGAGGGAGUUUUGUGUUUGGGAUUUCUAAAGCGAAGGAUAGCACAGGGUUAUAUAAUCAAUGGAGACAAAACGGCAUGGUUGGGGGCGUUAUGGGGGGGUUGUAUAUAGCUUCUUUUCUUUCUACACUAGCGCAAAAAAUGCAACUGUUUAAACG